AGGGGAUGACAAGACCCAACGCUUCUUCGAUCAGACGGUCACCGACCUCCCCUUCUUCCUCACUCUCGAGCCGACUGAUCGCUCCCCGGCGUCUCCUCGCCACCGCUCCUCUGCACAUUUCGAUGUGAUGGAGACGGGGUACGACUUCAUUCUCGGCACUCCGUGGUCUCGUCGGUUCCGCAGCACCGAGGCCGAUUGGGCGACCAACACUCUCGUUCUCGAAACGAAGUGUGGACAGACUUAUCGCGUACCUUUCAUAGGUACCACGACGACACCACGCCCCGAUCUUCCUCCUCCGGAGCCUUCGGUGCCCACACCAUCUCCCUCUAUCACGGUUACCUCGCCUUGGCAGUUCGCUCACUUCAUUCGACAGGACGACGUCACCUUCUUUAUGGUCGACGUGAUGGAUCUCUUACACUAUGAUCCACCCUGUCCCGACGCCGAGCUCAUCCCUCUGGAGCCAGAUCCUCCCUCUAUCUCCAUCGCUCCCAUCUCUACUUUUGUCCCUCCGCCGUCCGUCGAGUCCACCACGCCGUCGUGCGCUGACGCUGACGCUGAGGAACUCGCACGAUAUACGGCUGACUUGGAGCCCGCAGUUUGUGACCUCAUCCGAGAGUACCACGACGUUUUCCCAUCGUCGUUCUCGUACGCCGGCAUCCCACCGAUGCGUGACGUCGAGCACUCCAUUCAGCUUGUGCCUGACUAUCGUGUUCACCCCCAGGCACCCUACAGACUCUCGAUCCCCGAGGCCACCGAACUCAAGCGUCAGCUUGAGGAGCUCCUGAGACUGGGUUUCAUUAAACCCAUCAACUCCCCGUGGGGUGCACCCGUCCUCUUUGCUCGCAAAGCGGACGGAACUCUCCGUCUCUGCAUCGACUAUCGCGGUCUCAACCGCUACACGGUUAAGAACAAAUACCCCAUGCCUCGUUCCGAUGAGUUGUUCGACCGCCUAGCAGGCAACUGCUUCUUUAGGAAGAUUGAUCUUCGUAGCGGUUACCAUCAGAUCCGCGUCGCUGCAGCUGACCAACCGAAGACCGCGUUCCGAUCACGAUUCGGCCACUACGAAUUCACGGUGAUGCCAUUCGGCCUCACUAAUGCUCCUGCUACCUUUCAGAGGGCGAUGAACGACAUCUUCAGGGACAUCCUGGAGCAAUACGUUCUCGUCUACCUCGACGAUAUCCUGGUCUACAAUUGUACCCUUGAGGAGCACCUCAGACACCUCCGCGACGUCCUUGACCGCUUGCGCAAUCAUCGUUUCUAUGCCAAGCUGAGCAAGUGCCGCUUUGCCCAGCACAAAGUGGAUUUCUCAGGACACUACGUGUCUGACCAGGGUCUCCACAUGGACGACGCGAAGAUCACUGCUAUUGCGGAGUGGCCCGCCCCCACAUCCGCCAAGCAGCUUCGCAACUUCCUAGGCCUGACCAGCUACUAUAGUGACUUCAUCCGGGGAUACGCUAGGUAUUCCUACCUACGUGUCCGAGCAGUAGCAGAGUUCCAUGACCAGUCAGCUGCCGGUCAUAUGGGCUUCCACAAGACGUUGGCUCGUGUGAGCCGCCUGUACGUCUGGCCGAAGCGCAAGGACUUUGUGAAGGACUACGUCGCCGAGUGUCCCACCUGUCAGGAGGUGAACAGUGCGAACCACCUGCCUUAUGGUUUGCUCCAGCCUCUUCCUAUCCCUGAGGGUCGUUGGCAGUCCAUCUCGAUGGACUUUAUCGGUCCUUUUCGUCCUCUGACCCCUCGCGGUCAUGAUGCUAUCCUGGUCGUCGUCGACCGCUUCACGAAGCGUGCACGCUUUGUUCCGUGCCGCUAUGCCAUUAGUGCACGUGAGGUCGCCGACAUCGUGUUUGACCGAGUCGUGCGUGACCACGACUUACCUCUGAGCAUCAUAUCUGACCGUGACCCGCGCUUUACCAGCCGAUUCUGGCGACGGCUCCACGAGUCCUUUUCGGUGGAGGCAACGGAGGGACAGGGGGAGAUGUAGGGGAGGGGGGGAAAUGAUCUAUAGCAACGUCUGGACUUCUGGUUCUUCUCUUUAGUGUAAACAAAUUACUUUUGGUGAG